GCUACAGCGGGAGGUGUGGCAGCAGCGACAGACAGUGGCGGUGGUGGUGGCGGUGAUGGUGCCGCAUGUGGCAGUGGUGGCGGCGGCGGCGGCGGUGUGUUCCAUUGCGCGGAUGCGUUCGUGACGGUGGUGGCGGUGGACGAGCAACAUGCGUCACCCGUGCAGGUUCCCUUCGAGCUCGACCCGCAGGAAUACCCCGACGUGCUUCGAUACACGGGUGCACUGUCCCGCCGCUCCGAGCGUCUGUCCCUGCGCGCCCACUUCACGGCUGCAGAGCCCUCCCGCGUGUCGCUGGACGGGGACCGCACCUAUAGCCCACCUCCGGAG